AUGACAUCUAAAUCCAAAGAAAAAUUGUACACAACAUCAUCUUCGGGUUUACCAAAUUGGCGACAAUCUCCGAUCGAUAUCAGUCGCGUAUGGACCAAAAAAUUUCCACCAUUGCUUUUGACCAAUUAUUGCUCGAACAUUGGCACAGCGAUACUUACUAACACCGGCCAAACAGUUAAUCUCGAGCUGGCGAACAGAAAAAUGCCGAUAAUACGCGGCGGCCCUUUAAAAGAUGAUGAAUUUCAAUUCAUGAACAUUCAGUUUCGCUGGGGUCCGUCUAAUUGUCGAGGCGCGGAACAUUCUAUCGAUAAUAUUUGGUAUUCAAUGGAAGCGCAAGUUAUGCAUUGGAACACACGUUACGGAUUGAUAGAAAAAUGCUACAAUAAACCUGAUGGGAUUGCAAUACUCUCUUAUCUCAUGCAGGUCGUUGGCUGUUCUGGACUUCCGGACAAUCCAGCACUUGCUCCAAUCACUGAUAAACUCGCGGAAAUAAAACAAACGGAUAGUACCGUGAAUAUUACGCCUGGUAAUUCUACAAUGUGA